GGUCCAGGCAUGUACGUGAGUUAGCUGCGGCUGCUGCUGUCUGUCAAGAAACAUCACCCAAGCACAGCGUUUGCUGGGAUUUUAUUUUUUUAUUGUAGCAAUCAGAGGCCGCUUUACACCAGAAAACAUGUCUAUGUACCAGGUAAAGCCCAUAUAUGAGGGUGGAACAAAGAUUGAUUUGCCAACGUGCAUGUACAAGUUACCCAAUGUCCACGAGCAGCGAGCAAGCAGCUGCUUCUCCGAACAUGCGCAUCAGAAUGGCGAGCCGGACUCGGCUGUGAGAGCUCUGGAGGCUCGGCAGGACGAGAUCAUGAGGAAGCUGUUUGAGUUGAAGGCGGCAGUUGACGGUCUGGCUAAGACGGUGGCCACCCCGGACGCUGACCUGGACCUGACCGUCAGCUGCAGCCUUGCAUCCCCCAGCCCCACUGCUUGCACUUUUACAGGCACUGCAGAUCUGGACACCCUGCUAGGCAAGGACCUGGGCGCCCUGCGUGACAUCGUCAUCAACGCCAACCCCGCCCAGCCUCCCCUCACCCUACUGGUGCUCCACGGGCUGUUGUGUCAGCGCUACCGGGUGCUCUCCGCUGUCCACGUGCACUCGUCUGUGUCGGGAGUGCCCCCCCAGCUGCUGUCCUGCCUGGGCGCCCGCCUCACCGACGGCUCCGCCCGGAACCUCUUCCAGCUGGGCUUCACCCUCAUAUGGAAGGACGUGCCCAAGCUGCAGAUGAAGUUCAGCGUGCGCAACAUGUGUCCCGUCGAGGGCGAGGCCAAUGUGGCACGCUUCCUCUUCCGCCUGCUCUCCCCCGACCCGAGCGACGUGGGCCAGGCCACGCUGGUGGACAGCUGGGUGGACACGGCCUUCUUCCAGCUAGCCGAGGGCGGGGCCAAGGAGCAGGCGGCUGCGCUGCGCUCCCUGAACGCCGCGCUGGGCCGCCAGCCCUGGCUAACGGGACCUGAGCUCUCCCUGGCGGACAUCGCGUGCUACUGCUGCGCGGUGCGAAGCGGGGCGACGGCGGCGGCGGCGCCCACCCACGUCCAGCGCUGGAUGAAGGCCUGCGAGAACCUGGGUUAUUUUAGCCGGGCCCAGCUACAGUAGGAGGCCGCGUCCAAUCAGAGAUAAGCUCUGUGAAGAUGUGUAUCUUGUAUCUACUGCUUGUUCUCACCCUGGUUCUAUCAAGGAGAGGGGAGAGACAGUUGGUAUUUGCAAUUCACAAAUCAAGAGAACCCAUGUCCGAUUUUUCCUCUCGUUCUUCAUUCCUCUGAAUGGAUCUCUGAACGCGGCAGUCGAUGUGCUGUUGGUGAAGGUUCUCGACAUCUUGGGUAUUCUAUCCAGAGAAAGUAAGCAUCAGAGGACUGUAUGGACAAUGGGGGAUUUGGUUAAGAAUUGGAACAAAAGGGAAAACUUCUGUUAAAGUAACACACACACACACACCUCCCACAUUGUGCCUAAUGUGACCCUGCUCAAGAUGCAUGUGUUUGUAAUACAUGGGGAUGCGUGCAAAUACAAUUUUUACACUAAAUGGUGCAAAUGAGAUGCAGACCUGACCAACAUCAAGUGUGCUGUGUGGAGAUCUUGACACUUUCUAUCCAUGUUUUUUCUUUUCUUAAGUCAUUAAAACGGAAUGGGGAGAAACCCUGAACUAUGGUUUGUGUUUUGGAAGCUGCUGCUAAGUGUUGGUUUGAAGAGCUUUUUUUGUCUUUCAGGAUUAACAUCCCACAUGUAGUACUCAAGAGUAUAUACAGUACUCAAGAGUAUAUAAAACAUAGGUACUCCAUCUUUCACUUCUAUAAGUACAUAAAAAGGCCUAGCAUACUAGUGAUUUUCAACAAAAGGGAAUUUCAGCCUUGCCGCUUGCUUACUUUAUUUAAACUAAUUUCAAUUGGAAUAAUUUGCAUUUGAAAGGGUAAUCAUCAAGAUGUGGUGGGCCAACUUCUAUUUACAAACUUGACCUUUCAGUUUGCCUUGGUGUCCAGGUGUGUAAUGUCCACACUUAGAAUAAAAUGGAGGGCGAUGUACAUCCUUUUCAACCCCACCAUUUGAUUGAGUCAUACUAAUAUCUUUCUGUACCAUUAAUUAGCACGAUGCAAAUUAAUGUUUUAGGAAAAGAUGAACCUAGGAUGAUUGGCAUUGUGUGUGCAUGCAUGCUCUGUUCCCAUUUAGAAAUUAAUGCACAGUUUUAUUUUUUUCAUCAGUAAUCGGUUGAUGCACUCCUGGCUGUAUGUAAAACAGCUGGGCAAGUGAUCAUGCCCCACUUCUACACUGAUUACAUCUGGUUCACAUAACCCCUAUGACCUCUAUCUGCUGAAUAGCGGACGUGGUUCACGAAGGAAGAAGAACUCGCCAUAUACAAAGAUUUUGCGUUUCUUCUAUUCUUUAGUGUAAUACAAAAAACAGUCAACAAGGGAGCUCAAAUGAAUAUAAAACUAAAAUCACAUGUACAUAAUAAAAAAUAAAGAUUGUGGGUUGGGAGUAACUUGAAUGUUUGCCUAAUGGGCUACUUAUCCCGAGUCCAGGCAAACUAAUAUUGGCCAUCCCAUUAAUUACAUACUAAGAAAUUAUUCAUUUAGUUUCAAUGUCGCUCGUUAUAUUUUUAUAGUUAAUCUUUGCUGAUUAGGCUUUGAGCUCCACUAGGUGUCCAACAAGCAGACGGUGCUGUUGUAUCUCAGCAGGUUGAUCCUCUCAAAGAAGUUGUCGGUCAGACUGGUGAUUCUCUGCGGGGCAGCCAGGUUCGCCUUGUGGCUGAAGAGGCGUUGCACGGGCGCCGCAGACGGCAGCGUUGUGUUGUACUUGAUGAAGAGCUGCCUUACUCUGGGGAAGUCCUUUAGGCACUCCAGGCUCUUCCCUGUGCCCUCCAGGUACUUUUGGAUCUCCUCCUUGGCGC